UCCGGCGACGAGCCCCAAAAACAAUCUAUCACAACAAAACUCUCCAAAUGUGGUUACCUGAAUGGCAGCCCAGAUCAAAUCAGGACCACCAAUUCCUGUUAUGACUGUUGUGUUGACACUAAGAGUGGUUUCUGGGGAUUCUGUCCCAGCACAGUCAUUACAACAACAGAUUGUGGACUUGCUGGCAGUUGCUUUGAUGAAAGAGCGUGUUCAAAGGGAUGCGGAGUGACAGAAAGCGAGGACCCAUCGACUUUCACUUGGUAA